AUGGCGGGCUGCAGUGAUAUGCCUUAUGUUUGGUUGAGUGCCGAAAGGUGUCUGGUUCGGGGGUGCGUGAAUCUUCUCACCUUGGUCGAGGAUUUCUAUGGUGAAGGAUGCCUUAUACUAGGUAAUUUGCGCCUACCUCUUGCCAAAUCUCUGAUGAAAAACCCGGCCCGCCUGCUUCCAAGGCAGCAGAUCGCAGCCGCGCAACCACCCCCAAUUUACGCGCCGAUCAAGGAUCGCCAGCCAGACAAUGCGAUCCGAGAUCCCUCACCCCUGUCGCUCAAGCGAUCAAUUGGCCCCGAUGCGCCUCCAUCUCGUCUCACUUGCGUGCUCGUGUGCACGUAUCUCUGCCCCUUUGGCGCCCGCGUCCCGAGUCCCCGGAUCCGGCUGGAUCACUCAACGGGGGAGACAACGAGUAUCAGCAUGGCAACAUGCAACGUUCUUUUUGCAAACGGCGUCGCUCUCCCGCUGGGCGCUCCUUGGCUUAUCUGCGCCGCGGCGCGUCUGUUGCAGGCCUCUGAGAGUUUGAGCCUCCUGAAUGGCUUCUUCGGUUCCGGCCGUGAAACGGGCUGA